AUGAAAGUGCGGCGUUCUUGCAAGACCACGUCAGAGUACUUUGUUCAGCAAGUGUUCGUGUGCAUCCCUCAGCACGACAAUGAGUACUGCCACACGAUAAUCUACCGAGACCCGUUGCCGCUUCAGCACGGCAAGACAAUGAAGGCUUUGCUGUCUGCUGCACUCCGCUGUCCAGGCUUGUCAUUGAAUGGCAUUGGGGCAGAUGUGAUUACUAUCCACCAUCAAUGCCAUGACCGUGCCGUGACGUUCGAGUUUGUUGCAGGCCUUUCGGGCUGGUGGUCAAAGCAAGCUGCGCUUGCAUCAGCAACAUCUGGGCUCGCGUCUGCCUGUUUUGAGGACGAAAGCCUUUUUGAGUGGCAUACUUGGACGGGCUGCGCUGCCCAUGAUGGUCACAACAGCCUGAAGUGGGCGCACCAAGGGUUGUUCAAUGAUUCCAAUAUGCUAGAGAAUUGCUACGUUGGCGUGAUGGCCAUGCGAGCAUGCUUCUGCCACGCGGUCAGGUUCAUGGCUGACUGGUUAGUGUCUGUGCUUCACCCGCGAUUGUCGGAAGAGCUGCCUACAAAGCAAGACUUGUACGUUGUGUGGUGCGCGCUUGGUGUGGACCAAGAUAUUGCGGAGGUGCUUUCGCAGAUGCAGCUGCUCUGGCUGGAUGGGCAGCUGGUGGUUGCACAAAGCAUUUUGGAUGACAGCAACUGGCUUCAAGCCAUCUCAACGUGUUUACUCAGCAUAUGGCGGCCUCCAAGUUUCACCACGUCCAGGUGGUGCACUGUUGGCGGCUCUUGCCGGGGCCUGCUGUGUGGAUUGAUGACUGGCUACCCGGAGUUUCUGAAGUGGAUGCACCGUGCAGGCAAGAUCGGAGACUAUGACUGGCAUGGCUGUCAGCGCUUGGAUGCCAAAGCUUGGGAAUUCGCGGCCGUCGUGGGACUGUCUUCUUUCGUUUCUGACAGCUUCUUGGCCAAAAUUCUCAAGGAUUCUCGAGUGGCCCGCACUCAGACCUCUCUUCGGGAAGUCCUGUGUAAUGAGUUUCAGUUUUUGGAUGUUUUGCCGCAGAAGCUUUGGGACUUGCUGUCCGCUCCGCUGCAGAUGACAGCGCAAGUUCUGAGAUCCAGUGUCAUUUCUGGCGCUUUCAUUUCCUGGAGUUUUCUUGAGUGGAGGGUCUUGUCCGUGGCUUCGUCCCUUCCAUGGCGUCUAUGCGCAGGUGAUCCUGAAGCAAAUUUGGAUGAGUUUCUUCAGCGGGAUGAGCCUGACAGCAACAGCCUGGCCAGCAAAAUCUGGACUUUGGGACGGAUGGGAUAUAAUCGCGCGCGCCUUUUGCAGGCCGUGCAUCUGCUUGGUCAGUGCUCCUGGACCAGUGCAUUUACAGAGAAGCAGCACGGGUCUACCAGCGUGAUCAAGAAGCGCCAUCCAGACUAUGGGGACGACCAUUUGACUGCCAGGGCAUUCAUCCACACCUUUGCUCAGAUGCUACCCUCGACUUCCUCGUGUGAUCUUCGGCGGCAGCAGGUUGUACAGAAGCUUAUCCGGACACUGGACAAAAACCCAAACCGGAUCACUGGAAGGCAGGUAUACCUAGCGCACAUCAUGCGCAAGGCUACGGAGUGGGAGGCCUCGAAAGCGCAUCGGCCCCAGUACCAGCGUGCCACCAUCAUGAAGAUCCAUGGGAAGAACUGGCAAGCGCUCUCUGAUAGUUCCAAGCAAGUCUGGGAGCAACGGGCUGCUGUCGACAGAAGCCAGGCUAGGCAGUCCCGACAGCAGCAGUGUGACACCCUGACGCAGCAACUGCACUUGCUGCGGGAAACCAGCGACGCUGCAGGCAGCGGAGGGGCCUUCAGCAGCAUGCUGAUUUCACAGUGCCGCUUGGCCGCUGGUGAGAUUCAGAGGCUGCAAGCCAUGGUCCAGGACUCCAAGCUUACGGUGACCGAUGUCGCAAGAAAGCGUGCCUGCGCUUUGCAAUGCCCUGCCCCACUGUCCCAACAGGAAUCCGAGGAGUGCGUGGAGCGCACGCUCAUCGACCGGACUAGUUCUGAUGACAUGCCUCCCAUGGCACGUCGCAUCUGCCAGAUGAGAGGCCACUUUGUUCAGGCAGUCUUUUGCAUUCAGCACCCGGACGCUGCCAGGUUCUAUCGGUUCUUGUUUGCUAUGCUCAACCCAGUCAAGCUCUUUCUGCUGGAGCUGUGCGACCUGGAAUGUGCUCAGCCGACGCUAGUUCACAGUGCCGCCUGCUUGGAUGAGCAGUGGCGCCAUGCAGUGCCCUGGCAGUGGUCGGUCUUGCCUGGGUGUUUUGCUUCCUCCGAGGUCUUCCUGGUGCCCGACAACGUCGAGAUUGGGGUCUUCAUGCACAGCUGGUUCGCCUCGGAAGGCCGCCUCUGCAGUCGUGAUGUUCUGCAGCCCCUUGACCUGAUAUUGGACGCGGCUGCUUCCGAGAAGGGUGCCCAGGAGCGUGUUCCGAAGCCGGCUCGGGAGCCUGCCCCGCCGGAGCCGGACGCCGAUCUGGCUGCGCAGUAUCCCUGGCUGCGAGGCUUUACGGCUGCAACGGCGUCCAAGAGAAAGCGUGCACCUUCUGACACUGCGCCUGAGGUUCCUGGACAAUCGUCCCUCGAGUCUCCUGUGGAUGAGUGUGAGGCUGUUGACAAGGCCGCUGCUGCCGAGGACGAGGCUUACAACAGCCUCUUUGAGGACCUGGAGGAUCAGCGUUGUGCUGUGCACGCUGCUUUCGAUACGCUGGCCGACCAAUUUCGCACCAGCCUGCUCGGGGGUGAUUGGCAGCUUCGGCGCACUGGCAGGCUGGUCUAUGGAGUGCGGGUAGAUGUCAAGGCCGGCUCGGCUGUGGCUGAUCUCUGCUCCACAUAUUCUCUCAACAAGUCGGCUAGCUUCGAGCAAUCCGUUUAUGGUGACGAGUAUGGCCAGGCUCUCGGCAAAGUCUUUAUACAUCGCCUGUCCUUCCUGACGCAAGUGUGGGAGGACCUUGGCAGACCUGUGAAUGGGAUUCCUGAAGAGAAGUUGCUCGGCUACGUGCUCACGCCUGAUCUGGAGGCGUCACUCGCGGGUGCAACAGGGCGAGUGCAACAGCGACUCAAGAAGAUUCUGGCACUUGCUCCGAAAGCAUCUGCUUCCGCGAAAAACGAUGUGUUGCUGUUUGCUGCUGCUCCGUAUGCUUGGGAAAUGCUGCGAGCUCUCGCCAUGUCGGUGGCUUCCAGAUCGCGCACUCCUCCGCGGGCCCCCUCGUUGCUCGCAGCAGCUUGGCACUCCGACAAGGAGAGCGUCAAGCAACCACGUCCGAAGAGGCCCAUCAACAUCGACAGUCAAGUUCGCAAAGCCAUCACAGACAACCUGCGUUCCAUGUCCGCGUCCGAGCUCGAUGGCCUGGUGGUGGAGGGUCUCACCUUGAGACAGAGGCUCAAGCGAGACAAGACGCAGGCUGCUGCCUGCGAAGGCAGUGUUCACUUUGGCAAGCACUACUAUGCCAAGCUCCGUUCCAUGUACACCGACAGGAACAGUGUGCAGGCAAAGCUUCGGCCAGACACUUCCUUGGAAGUCCAGCCGGCUUUGGUGCAGGCAGCUACGGCUGCAAUGCGCCACCCCCCCAACCGAGGUCCCAUGGUGCAGUUCUUGGAGCGGGCUCUCAGCCUGAACCAGGCUGAGGUAUGCGGGGUCCUGCGCUGGACUUUGACCUUGCACCCUUCCGGCAGUGCGGAUCAGCUCCAAGCUUGCCAGAGCGUGGUGGCCUGUGUUGCACGUCUCCAGCUUCAAGCGUCUGUGCCAGAGGAGAUCGCCUUGAUGUACAGCAAGUUCGACGAAAUCCUCUUGCAGGCGUUCCUCUCCUACGCAAAGGCUGGCUUGGGGCCUGCGGAGUGGCUCGCAAACCAUGAAGACGUGUGGCCCCUGGUGCUCCCCAAGGCUGCAACGCAGAAGGUCCUCUCUCUCGGCCUCGACGGGUCGUGGAUGGAUGUGGGAGAGGAGCUGGCGGAGAUAACAUCCAGUUCCUCGCUUGGCAUGCAGCUCUUCGGUUUCGCCUCCAAGCAAGUGGCGGGUCUUCGCAUCGACAAGCUUGUGGAGUCCCACGUGGAGAAGGCAAUGAGCAGGGGCGCAAUCACGCAGUCUGUGCUUGCUGAAGUUCGCAACACGGCCAUGCUCGAGCUCAGCAAAGUGGCGGAGACGGAGGCCCUCAAGGACCGGAGGCAGGUGACAAUCUUCUACAGAGGAUGUGGCAUCACUGCCAAGGUUUCCUGUGUCGCGGAGCAUUUCGAUUGCGCGCUGCAGGCAGCUUUGCGUUCGGCUGCUGCUUCUGCAGGCAGCAUCCCCUGCUUGCCAGCAGAGAAGCAGCUAUGCGAGGGAUCCCCUGGCCAUGCGGGCACCAAGAUCGAUGCGAGCUUGCUCAAACACGCAAAGGCCUCACGAAACAUGGCGCUGGGCUUGGCGAAGGCAGACGACUGCAAGAAUGGAGAAGCUUUGAAGGAAGUUUUGGAGGCAUCACGAGCACGCUUAACGGCACUGGACAAGCAUGUUUGGAUCGACUUAGCCUUUGUGACACAUCUUGCUGGAGAAGGUGGCCUCAAGAAGCUCCAGACCAUCUACAUCAACGAGUGCCUGCCUUCCAAGGAUAGGCUGUUGUCGCUCAAGAAAGCGGUCCAAAACAGCAAUGAGCUCAUGGCGUCCGACCUUUACCGCUAUGCCUCCGAGGGUGCGCAGGGAGUCAUCUACGCAGCGCAUGCAAUGCUGGAUCGUCUUGUGCACGGCACAGCGGUGAACAUGGACAUGAACUCGUCCGACUUCCUCAAAGAGGUAUGGAACUCCUGCAGCUAUUUCAUUGUCCACCUUGGCGAGCUCGAGACAAAGUACCACAACAACGGGCUUCUCAUCAUUCCGGACGGUGCCACAGUCACUGUGGGCAAAGCGGCGUUGCUUCAGAAGUGGCAGGCUGUUGAGUCGGAGGCCGUGGAGAACUUGGGCUUGCAGCACAUGGAGCCGUUCGUGCUGUGGGGUCACAUGCUAACCGAGGACCAGCGACAGAAGGCUCAGUGCAAGAUCGAGCACAUCAUGAAAUCUUUGAAGGGCAAGAGGAAGGCUGUUCCUAAGGCGCCGGCAGCGCCCAAAAAGGCUGCUGUCAAGAAGGCUUCGGUGUCUGCGCAAGCAGAGGCCCAGGAGGCCGCCUUGUCGCUCUUCGCCUGA